CAAACGUAGACACCUAUAAGGGUCCUUCAGCGCUUCUGCAUUGUUAAGAGUUGCUGCUGGAGUUGCCGGGGAGCGUCUGUUUUACCCACAGAAAAUAACAUCUAAAAACACUGAAACCCAACUUCAUCAUACAAAUAUAUCUUUCAAUACAGUGAAGGUAAAGAUGCCAUCAGUGACCACUGGCGACAAUGCUGUUCAGUCCUCCAGUCCAGAUUUGGGCUCUCCGCCAUCUGAAGCCCUCAAGCAAGUUCUUGGUGUAAUUGACAAGAAGGUUCGCAACAUGGAAAAGAAAAAGGUCAAGCUGGAUGAUUACCAGACAAGGAAGAAUAAAGGAGAACGGCUUAACCAGGAUCAGCUGGAGGCUUUGUCUAAAUCUCAGGAGGUGGCUCACAACUUGGAGUUUGCUCGUGAGCUGCAGAAGAACUUUAUGGCUUUAAAUGUGGAGAUCCAGAAAACGGUGAAAAAGAUGGCACGGCGGGAGCAGUUGAAGAGGGAGGAGGCAGAGCGCAAGCGACUGAAGGCGGUGCUGGAGGUUCAGUACCUUCUGGACCAACUGGGGGAGGAAAGCGUGAGGCGCGACCUGACUCAGUCCAGUGUGGAAGCUCCACUGCUCACAGAGUCAGAGCUCACAGCCCUGGACGAGUUCUACAAGCUGAUUGGCCCUGAGCGGGACUCUAGUGUAAGGUUGGCGGAUCAGUUUGUGGAAGCAUCCAUGCAUUUGUGGGAGUUGUUGGAAGGAAGGGAUAAAGCUGUGGCUGGAACCACAUACAAAGCCCUUAAGGAAACCUUAAACAAGAUGCUGCUAAGUGGGUACUUUGAUCAUGCUCAAACGCAUCAGAAUGGAGUUUGUGAAGAGGAGACACGGACCGCUGCUGCAGAGUCAUCAGAGAGCGAGGACCACCCUGCUGAGCCAGAGGUGUCCACUCAAGAAUACAUUGAAACUACUGAGGUUGAAGCAACAGAGUACGUAAACAAACAGUUCAUUCCAGAAGACACCUACAGCAGCAGCGACAAAGAACGAGGAGGAGAGUGGAACACAAGCUCUCAGGCAGUGAGCACUCUCCAGCAGCAGCAGCCUCCUGCAGCCACAAGUCCGUCUCUUGUCAGCUCAGAACCACACACGCUGAACACAGUCCUGCCUCCCCCUGCAACUGACCCAGUGGUCAGGAAGCAGGUAGUCCAAGAUCUCAUGGCUCAAAUGCAGGGUACCUUCAACUUCAUGCAGGACUCCAUGCUGGAUUUUGAGGGACCACCUUUAGAUCCUGCCAUUGUGUCAGCACAACCCAUGAAACCUGCGCAGAUGGUCUGUCCUCCAGCUGACACAGAAUCCAGACUUCCCCAACACAACACACUUCCUGUGCAGCCAGAACCCAUGCAAGUACCUAUGGUCCCCUCGCCAAAAGAGGCAUAUUCCUCCACACCCCCUGUCUACCAGUCCCCUCAUAUCUCUGAGCCCCGACCGCAGACAGACUCCACUGAACCCCUCCAGGUCUCCAUGCCCCUGUCGUCCGAGCAGCCCCCCACCCCUUCCUCUCAGCCCCAGGUGUUUCAGCCUGUCUCCAAACCCCUUCACAGUGGCAUCAACGUUAAUGCAGCUCCAUUCCAGUCCAUGCAAGCGGUGUUCAAUAUGAACGCUCCAAUUCCUCCAACCAAUGAGAUGGACUCUCAAAAGAUUUCCAGUCAGUACCAGAGUAGUUAUGGCCAGGGUUUCAGCACACAGGCCACCCUUCCAGCUGAGCAGCAGGAAAUGCCUCAGGAAUCCAUGCAGUCAGUAGGUAGCCCUUUCCAUUCUCAAGACCAAGGUAUUCCAUCUGCAGGGGGGCACCAGUCUGUACCUCAGCAGCCCUCAGGGCAGGGCACAGGUUUUGGGCGGCCAGGUCAGUCCUUUUACAGCAACAGAGCAAUGCCACGUGCUGGACCCAGAAAUCCCAGAGGGGCUAUGAAUGGAUACCGUGGACCAUCCAAUGGAUUUAGAGGUGGAUAUGAUGGGUAUAGCGCUCCAUUCCCCAACACCCCAAACACCGGAUAUGGGCAGACUCAGUUCAGCACUCCAAGAGAUUACUCCAACAGCACCUACCAACGGGAUGGAUAUCAGCAAAGCUUCAAGCGAGGAGCCACCCAGGGACCUCGAGGUUGCUCUCGAGGACGAGGGGGACAGUAUCGGUCCAGCAGAGGAAUGGGUCCCAUGGCUGCACAACAAACCAGCUAAACUUAAUAUUUUAGCCGCUAUCAGCCCUGUUCAACCCUGCUAAUCUCUUCCACCCAUUGGAUUCCCAAACACGACCCGUGCCCCUCCACACCAUGUAGUUAGAUGACAUCUUGGUAAUCAAGGCAUCAAUUAAUGGUUUUGGGAAAAUGAUAUCAAUGAGAAUAUAGCACUCCAAGCGCUCACUCUCAAUCGUAUGCUAUAUCAUAGCUUUAAACAUUUGAGACAGAACACGUGCCUUUUGAUUAUGGGUGAUUUGUUUUUGAUUAGACAAGGUGGAGAAAUUAGUUGGUACACGUAGCUGGGAACAGCCACUAGAUUCUGAAUGUGAAAUACACCGUAUACCAAAGGCACUUUGAUUUUGGCUGAACAUUUAGUGAAUAUGAAGAAUUUACUUGUAUUAACUGUAUUGUAACUUGAUUUUCUAAUUUUUUUGACUUAGCCAAAUGGUUUACAGAAAAUGCAUUGCACUGUAUGUGGCUGAAUGACUGCUUCAUUGUAUUUCUUCCAAUUACAGUUGAUAAGGAUUAAUGCUAACAAAUAAAUGAUUUUUGAAGGACAAAGCACUUUUUUAAAAGUUUUUCCCACACAUACUGUAUGAGAUACAAGAAGAGAUGCUCUUCUUUGUAGCUACAGUGUACUUGUGUGUUUAUGUUAAAUACAGCACACAUUUAUAGGUUAUUAGUACUUGAUACGAUGAAAAAGAACUAGAUGAUACAAAAAACUGACGCUUUUGACAAUCUGCUUUAAGUACUAAAACAUUUUCAACAGAUUAAACCUGUUCGGUCUGCAUGAUACCUAAAAUGAAUUGCGAAAACUCCAUUUGUUAACUGAAGUUGCUUUGUUACCUUGUUCAAAAAGCAAAUUUUAUUUUUUUUUCAAAUCAAUGUUUUAAUUGACACAUCUGACUUAAACUUCACUCUGAAAAUUCCCAAUGUAGGUAACAGUUAAAAGUUCAGGAUAGCCCUAAUCAAUUAAAAAAAUGAAUCCACAGACUUCCAGUACAAGAAGCUUUCCAUGGCCAUUAAAAAUCUCCACAACAUAUGUAAAAAGAUACUUUCAAAAACAAAAAGAAAUCAAACAUGUUUAUAUCAAACAGCAAAGUUU